AUGUUAAUGAAACUUAUCUAAAUGAAUAAAGAUAUUUUGGAGAAAAGAUUAAUGACAAAAGAGAAGGUAGAGGACGAUUAUAUUACAUAGAGUGAGGCUAUAAUGAUGGAAAUUGGAAAAAUUACAGAAUUAAUGGACUAGGUAUGAAAUGAAUAUCUAAAUUUAGGUGUAUUGUAUUAUGCUAGUGUAAUCCUGA